AGGCCUCAGUAUAUGAUUGACCGAUCCUCAGUGCAGAACGCUUUUCUCGAACAACAAUAACAACAACGACAACCACAACGACGACAGCAACACGGACGUCUCCGACCGCAUCAACCGAUUAACUCCAGCAAGAUUUGCCGCGAUCACGCAUUGCCAACUCCGUUCGGCUAUAACAUCGAGAAGCGAACUGAAAGAAAGAAAAACGGGCACAAAAAAAGCAGAUCUUCUCCGAAGUGAUUCGUAAUUCUUUUACCUCGCGUGCACAACCUUCCCUUCCGUAACUAAUUUCGCAAACCUGAGCCAAACCUGUGCGCCCUGUGGGUACCUACUCGAGUACACACACCUUUACCUGGCUUGCUGCUGCUGACCGGGACUCUGAGUCAUUCGUUGCUGCUUUGCGCCGGACUUGCCAUCGCGUCGCCUCGAGAGCGAUCGAAUAAAGACCCGGUCCAAGCCCCGAGAAGAGAUCAUUUAAAGGCAGCUGCAAUCAGUGCUCGAUCAAUCAUUGAGCCGUGAACGUGACAUUGAUCGGAUCGACCAGCAAACGUCUAGCAUAUCAACGUGAUUCCACACCACACCACCAGUGACCCCAAGACCUCUACAGAACGUGUGAUACCAACCAGCGAUUCGGGCCAGGAAGUGCUAAAUAUCGCGAGUGUUUGAAGAAAUUCCAGUCGAAAAAGCAUCGCCGCUUAAGUGCAGAAGAGAAAAUGAAGUGUCUAAUCUUAUCGUUUUUGGUCAUUGCCUUUGUGGUCGAGAAUAGCGAUGCGAAACCCUUGAAGUAUCAAAGCCUUCCGAAAAAAGAUGGAUAUGUGCCUGUUUACAUCCGUGUCGGCAAUACUCCACUGGAACAGAUCAACCGUGAUUUGGCUGCAGCCUUCCAGGAGAGCAACGCCCGAAGCAUUCGAGGAACAGUGAUUCAACAACUCAAUCGGGAUGCUCGGUUCUCGUCCGAAUCAAGCAGCGAGGAAGCAGUCAAUCUAAUUCCGAAACUGUUGAAUCCGAACUACCGAAGUAUCAGUGACUCCUUCUCGAACUCCAAUGAAUCCAACUCCUCCGAGCUGCUUCUGAACUACAUCGCAUCAUUAAAACCAGCGAACAAGACAACAGUGGCCAAGACAGCAGUAGUAUCUAACAACGUAAUUUAGUGGAAGGCUAGAAGAUUGCAAGCGCUAAAUUAGCCAAGUCACACUGCCACCGUGAGUGACUAACGAAACAAAACUAUACUGCCCUCUGCGAGAGAGAGGCGCGAAAGUUUUUACAUUCAUCUUCAUCAAGUUUAUAAAUAUUUAAUAUUCAUUAUCAGUUUUAAGAUUGCACUGCAUUUUAUACGUCGUAACAUGCUUCUAUGAUAAGGGACGCGAAUAGGACUAUUAGAACGAAUGAAUAAAACAGAGAAAAAACGCAACAUGUAGGAAA